AUAAGUGAUAUUCUUAACCAAACCAAAGCAAACAGACUUUAGGAUUAACCUCUUACCACUGUCCACUUCCUCUCUACCAAAACAGUCUCUCUUUCUCUCUAAUCCCAAAAUCUCUCUUAAAGAUAUGGGAAUUCAAAUUUCUUCUGAGUAAAUUAAAAUUAUUAUCGCAACUAAUAGAUUGGAUAUUUCAGUUUAGAGGAAAAACCAAUGUCUGCAAUUAGGAGUAUGAUAAUUCGAUCGAGGUCCCACCGGGUGGUUCAGGACGGCUUGGCUCCGGCAGCGGAGGAACCGAAUGUAGGAGAAACUUCGUGCUGGGCAAACAUGCCGCAGGAGCUCUUAAGAGAGGUUCUAAUUAGAAUAGAAGCAUCGGAGUGUAGCUGGCCGCCCAGAAAAAGCGUGGUGGCUUGUGCUGGUGUUUGCCGGACUUGGAGAUAUAUCACUAAGGAUUUAGUCAAAGUCCCUGAACUUUCCGGCCUGCUUACCUUCCCCAUCUCCGUCAAGCAGCCUGGUCCGAGGGAUUUGCUCCUUCAGUGCUUUAUAAAGCGGUGCCGGUCUACUCAAACAUACUAUCUGUACCUAAGUUUAACCCCUGCACUAGCUGAUGAAGGAAAGUUCCUUCUAGCUGCACGCAAGUGCAGACGCCCAACCUGCACAGAUUAUAUCAUUUCUCUAGAUGCUGAUGAUAUGUCGAAAGGGAGCAGUACUUAUGUUGGUAAGCUGAGAUCAAAUUUUCUGGGAACCAAGUUCACGGUCUUUGAUGGACAGCCACCUCAUGCUGGGGCCAAGAUGGAAAAAAGUCGCUCUUAUAGGCUAGUAAAUUUGAAACAAGUUUCUCCUAGGGUCCCUGCUGGCAACUAUCCUUUGGCUCUCAUCUCUUAUGAAUUGAAUGUGCUGGGUUCGAGGGGUCCUAGGAGAAUGCAGUGCAUUAUGGAUGCUAUCCCUGCCACUGCUAUUGAACCUGGUGGGAGUGCUCCCACACAGACUGAGUUUUCUCAUCACAGUUUAGAUUCCUUUCCAUCAUUCCCAUUCUUCAGUUCAAAGUCAAACCGUGCAGAGAAUUUCCUAUCAGGACCUUUGUCCAGUCAGAAAGAUGGAGCAUUGAUACUGAAAAACAAGUCUCCAAGGUGGCAUGAGCAGCUUCAGUGUUGGUGUUUAAACUUCCAUGGUAGAGUAACGGUUGCUUCUGUAAAAAACUUUCAGCUGGUGGCUUCCCCAGAAAAUGGACCAGCUGGUCCAGAACAUGAGAAGAUCAUCCUUCAAUUUGGGAAGGUGGGAAAGGAUUUGUUUACCAUGGAUUAUCGAUACCCAAUAUCUGCGUUCCAGGCAUUUGCAAUUUGCCUUAGCAGCUUUGACACCAAAAUUGCUUGUGAAUGAUGACGUACGAUAAAACAGGUGCAAAACUCUAAGGUACAAGUUGCGAUGCGAUGCAAUAAGAUCGUCAGUGGGAAUGGAUUGCACAUGUGCAUAAUUCUGCGAAUGAAAGGCAAAGAGACUGAUGCUUGUUCAUGAUUUUGAAAUCAAUCAAAUUGUGGGAAAAGAUCUGGACUUCGAAGCUUAUAAUAUUAUAACUUUUGUCAGUGACAGUUCUUUGUAAAUUUAACUUUGUAUAUAACAAAUAUUUUUUUAAGUAUCUCCAUCUGUAGUCCUCCUGUAACUUAACUGCGUUUAUUAUUUUUUCUGAGAUGCUAGGAUGCAAAUUUGAUUGCUCAAUAAGGGUGUGUUUGGCAUUA